GUACCUUUGUUCACGUGGGCCUUACUUCCUUGCCUUCCAUUUCAUGUCAUGCAUUGCUUAUUGGUUGAUCUAAUCUCAAUCUCAUCAUCAUCACCGCCGUCUUGGCUCUCUCUAUCAUUCUCUCUCUCUGAACCCUUCAGUGAGACACAACACACAAGCCAUAGUCCAUUGGUAAUGGUUAAUUAGUUAGUGAGUGAAAAAUGAAGUUUGGUUUGGACUUUGUUGGAGUUUGGACACCACUUUGGUUUUUGUUUGGUGGAAGCUUCAUAACUUAUGCCAGCUAAUCUCAUUCGCCCCAUUAAAUUAUUCUUUUGCUGAAAAGUCGUUUCUGUUUUCUUUUUGUGCUUUUCCUUCUUCCUAAUUAUUUUAAGAAACUCUGUCUCUGUCUGCUUCAAUCCACUUUGGCCCUCACUGGAAAAGUAGUAGUAGUGGUACUUAAACGCCAUUAAAAGUUAUGUGAUCUUUGGAAGUAUGAUACAGGUGGUGUGAGUGUGAUCUAUCUAUCUUGUAUCUACAACCCCUGGACUUUUGAUUACUCUUGUUUUCUUGCUUUGUUUUUGAUGAUUGGGCUUAUCAUAUAGGACUUAGGAGUUUGGACAAAGUACAAAAAGCAGAUAAAAUGAUGCCCUUACUGUGGAAAGGUGAGUGAGGUGGGAACUGAAGUUAAAAAGAGAAUCUGAAAGACAUGCCUCUGUCUUUGGGGGUUAUAUAGGGUUUUUGGCUGAGUAGCAAUUUGUUGUUGUUGCAACCAAUUUUUGAAGAAAAGAUGGGGGAGACAGCAGCUUCCAAUCCUGCUUUGCAAGUGUCUGUUUCAUUUGGUAGAUUUGAGAAUGAUUCCUUGUCUUGGGAGAAAUGGUCUGCUUUCUCACCAAACAAGUACUUGGAAGAAGUUGAGAAGUGCGCCACUCCUGGAUCAGUUGCUCAAAAGAAAGCUUACUUUGAAGCUCAUUACAAGAAUGUUGCGGCUCGGAAAGCCGAAUUGCUGGCUCAAGCGAAGCAGACGGAGAAAGAUUCUCCUAGAUCACAACAUCAAAAUGGGGAAGAUCUGAAUUGUAACACUUGUUGGACUGAUGCAGAAUGUGAUGAUACUCAAGGUUCUAGGGAAGGGGUUAAGGUUAAGCAAGAAACCAAUUCAAUUGGUGAGAUUGUUAGGACCGAUGAGAGUAAUUUGGAGGAGGAUGUUGCAGUUUCAAGAGAUUAUCAAGGUUCAUCUGUUGAAGGAGAGAAAGAGAAUGAAGAACUAGAAAGCAGAUCAGGUAGUUCCCAGAUAGAGAAACUUGAAGAAGUUGUCUGCAUUGAACAAGGGGAAAGUAAAGAAGAAAGUCGUAAUGUUGAAGCUGAAGAUGUUAAGGAAAUUCCACACAAUGUAAACAAAGAGCCUGCACAGGCUUCAGAAAUUGAAGCAAAAUAUGUGGCAUUGGAUCAUCCAAAGUUUGGACAGGUUACCCCUGUGAACAGAGAAAGCAAUGCGACAAAGACGAAGAAAAAAUCGAUGCUAUCCACAUCUAAGCCUAAGGCAUCCCAAUUUUCCACCCCUAGAAGUUCAAAUCCUACAACAACUCCCACCAAAACAUUGGCAUCUGCCUCUUCAACUAAAAGGGGAAAUUCUCCAUCAAUAUCUUGGAGGAAAAUUACUUCCACAGCAGAGAACAGAAAAGUUCCAAAUAAAUCUUUGCACAUGUCCCAUAGUUUGGCUCCUAGCCAACCAGAUCCUGCUCCACAUACUACAAUGAGGAAAUCUUUGAUUAUGGAGAAAAUGGGGGAUAAGGACAUAGUCAAACGAGCAUUCAAGACUUUUCAGAACAAUUUCAAUCAGCGAAAAACUUCUGCUGAAAACAAAUCUUUGGUUCCUUCAGAGGUGACAGAGACAAGGAAUCCAACAUCCAUAGCUUUGCGAAAGGAAAAUGGACAGUCACCUAAGGUUGACAGUAUGGAUAGAAAAAGUGCAAAUGCUGUUCGAACUGCUUUUGGCCUAAAAAGUGACGUUAGAGCAGAGAAAGGAAAAGAGUUUCCGAGAAAAAUAGAAGAGAAACUUAACGCAAAAGAGGUAGAAAGAAUGCAUCUUCAAUUGAAAUCGAAGGAGGAAAAGAUAAAACAUAAUACCAAAGCCACACCCUUGGCAGCUUUCCACCGGUGUCAGAAAGCAUCAAAAAGCCAUCCGGAAAAGGGGGAUGCUAAGAUUGAUAAAUGGAGGUAGCUUAAAAUCAAGAGAAAGUGAGGUUCAAUACGUCAGUGGGUGUGUAAGAUCUAUUUGUUCAGACUUCAGAGGAAAUGUUUAUGGCUACAACUCAAGUCACAUUAUGAUAUUUUAGUUUAGACUUUAGUCUGCAACAGGGUAAAAAUUAUCUAGUAAUAUAGGACUAUAGGAGUAUAUGAACAAUGUGAGAAGGAAGAGGAAGGAGUAAAGCAUCAGUUACUGAUAAUAAAAUUUCUUGUGAGAAAUAAUAUUGUACAAGUAUAAUAUGUCUAAUAUGAGAAAUGCAUGCAUUUCUAAUAAUUGGUUGCAUCA